AUGGGGAAAAGUAUCAGAUCAAAGCGUAUGCAAAAGUGAAAGUCUCUCAAACGACAGAUCGUGAGGCAAACACUAGAAAAGGAUAAUUUAGCCAAGCUUGGAACCAGCCAUCCGACCUUAAAGAGUGCAUUUUUGCAUCCAAAUGAUCCUGACGCUGUCUUUCCUCAGCACAAGCCAGCUGUUAGACUUGAUUUUCGAUCAGAUGCCAUUGUACCGUUUGAGUGUCCAGUCAAAAGUAAGAAAUAUUUGCUUGAAAGAAUGCCUGAUGCCCCUGAAGAAGAACUGAAAGGGAGACCAAUUGAAAUUCCUGAUAUGUUUAUGGGUGAAUUAGAAUACUCCCUCAAGAACAUCGAAAAAAACACAAGAAAAAGGCAAUCAAUGAAAAUUGAUAUAGGAAUUUAUAGUAAUUGAUAACUUAUUUAUUAACUUAUAAUAAUAGAAUAGGCUGAUUAGUAAAAAUUUCAAAGUGUAUAAAUAA